GUCGUGUCAAUAACUGCGUCAAGAAGUUCUCGCUCGACAGUUUCGCUACUAGCGGAGCGUCCCGUUAGUGUCUGGAUUGGUCCGCUAUAGCGGUACUUUCGCGCAGACCUAGGUCAGCCUACCGGUGCUGUUUCUUUUUUCCCUUUACUACGGAUAUCAACCCACUUGAGUGGUUUUAACAGUGGUGGAUCUGGUGUUAGUAUGUACUAAACUUAAUACCGGUUAUGAGAAAGCUCUUAAAAGAAAAGUGGUGCUUUGUUUUGUUUUGUUUCUAGCUUGUAUUUAGUGAAUGUAGAUUUCAGUGUUAUUGAAACUUGUGAUUUUCUUUCUCGUGAGUGCUUGGAGUUAUUGUUCAGAAACAGGAGAUUCAAUUUUCUCCCUUUUGUAUGUAGGUAGAGAGUUGUAGAACAUUUCAGUUUAAUUUUGAAGAAGUCUCUCUUUGUUUGGGGAGAUAACUGUGACAGUAGAGUUGAAACUAUAAUCUCAAGGAAUUAUCUUCCAUGGAUCUUUUGUAUUCUCGGAUUAAACUGUGCACACACUUUGUCAAUAAGAAACAGCACAGCAACAUGGAUUUAUAAUAAAAGACUGUGGUGUCAGAAGUGCGUCCCAUGCAUCCCAGAACGGAGAGAUCAGCAUGACCUGCAAAGCCGCCAAUUUUGGUGGAUUUCCACACAAACGGCUCAAGACUGAGUCAGCCCUUGUGGGGGAUACCUUCGACGUCCAGCGCGGACCCCAUUUGUCCAUUCUUAUGUGCGGGACUAAAGCGACCACUGGUCACCGUGAGCCGAUCUCUCAGGUGAUAACGCGAGCCAACAAGUCCAGCACGCUGAAACAUGUUUUGGAGGAUGGCCUCGACACGUGCAGGCAGACCAGGUCCGGCGGUGCUGUGGUCAAUCACGAGGAGUCACCUCGUCCACUGACCCUAUGCUGGCUGAAGAAGAAGACUCCAGCGUCGCCCACGUAUUCCAAAAAGACAUGUCAGACGUCUUUGACACUGACACUGUCAAAUAGCAGUAGUGCUGCCAGGAUACAUUUAGACAGUCGCUUAAAUAGCAGAAAGCGGGUCAGCCAAGAGGACUGUAACGUCUUGAUAGCUUCUAAACGAAAAAAGCAAGACACAAAUCAGUCCAGCGAAGAUGCUAUCACGUGUUCUGAGCCCCAUGAACUGCAUCCAUUGGCCUGUAGUCUGGACCAAGCCAUACCGUUGAAUGAUGACCAAAGAGAUGCAGACAUUGAGCUGGGUGAUGGUGACGUCUACGAGAAGCAAACAAAUGGAUUCGUUCCUCAAUGUUUCGAAGUCUUUGUCCAGACUGGACCCACAAUAUCCGCCCCUGCUCUUCCGGAAACCCCGUUCGACGAAGAUUCAGACGACCUUCAGGCGAGGCUGGAGAAACAGAGGCGUUACAGAGAAGGUCUAGAGAAGGGCAUGAGGAACUUUCUAAACCAGACUCUGUCUGUGAGUCUUAGCACAUCGGAGCUGCCCGAACCAGAAAUGUCCGAUCAAGGAACUUUACUUCGGUCCGAGGCAGGACAAGUCAAUGUCCAGUCCAAUGACCAGGUAGUUCCUCACAGCGUGCGUCCAGUAUUUCAGAUGACUGACGAGAGUCAUUUGAUGCUGGAAGCAGCCCAAGGCUUCGUAGUCAUGAUAGACAAGCAGCUGAGGAUAUUGUAUGUCUCAGAGAAUGUCCAGCAGCAUCUAGGGCAUGAACAGAUCAAUAUGUUGGGUCAGGAUAUUGAGGAUUACCUUCACCCUAAAGAUGUCUGUGAGUUCAAGGACCAGAUGAGCAGUAAACCAAGUCGGCUGGAACAUGGCGGCGGCAGGAGGAUGAGCAGACGGAUGUUUUACGUGGGGAUGAAGUUUUGUUUUCAGAAGGCGGGCAGCCGACAUAAGGAUACCGGAUACACGUUUGUCCAGUGGAAUGCCAAAGUCCAGUUCAAGAGGAAGUCUGACCACGUCCAGGUCCAACACUUGGUGGCGCUGUGCAGACCUGUUCGAACUGACUCCAUACUGGAGCUACGUCUGGAGGGCAACAUGUUCAUCAGUCGACAUGACCUUAGCUUUCAUUUUAUUUACUGUGAUCCAAGAAUUAUCAAUCUGAUUGGGUAUGAGCCUACUGAUCUGAUUGGUCGAACAGCAUACCAGUUUCACUGCCCUAGAGAUGUCCUCAUCUGCAAGCAGUGCCAUAAACUAUUAAUUUUGUCUGGGUCUUCCAAGUCAGAUUACUACCGAUUCUUAUCUAGGUCAGGAAAGUGGGUGUGGCUGUGUACACAUGCCACCAUAGUCUAUGACACCACCAAGAAGCCACAGUAUGUUGUCUGCAAGAAUUAUGUCAUCAGUGAGAAGGAAGCCAGAGAGAAACUGACGCAAGAAUGUCAAGACUUUUCCGAUAUGAAAUGUCUGGGCUUCAGUUUGGAGACAGACUUGCCGCAUAUAGAACACUCUCCGGAUAAAAGUCUGUCCCUCUUAGACCAACAAGAGGAAGACGGGGAGGCCCUGGUACAUCAGUUGCUGAGCUCUCGGCCAGUAGAUGUCUCCGACAACCCUUACGCUCGUCCUCGCAAGAAGAGAAAUGUCCCCAGAGUAGUUGGCAUGGGUGUGAGUUUCCCACCUGGUGGUGCCAAGAAUGCCACAUUCGAUGCUGACUUUCGUAAAGAUGUCAUUGGGCGUCAAGGCUUAACUGUAUCUUCACAUCUAGACAAGCUGUCCAGCAUUGACAUGCUGACCUCUUUUGACCAGCUGCUGACCUCACAAACUCAGCUGGAUGAUGCAAACACGUUGUCUUUAGACUCAUACACACUGCCCUCAUCCGAGGACCUGGCCAUCAGCUUCAAUGACAUGUUGGAGUCAUCACAAACUCUCCAGUCCAUUGAAGAAUCUCCUGUGAUGACCUCUGAUGGCCAACCUAACUGUCACCAGCUUAUUUCCGGCACACUGGAUUCACUAGACGUACCAUCUUCAUUCGGUGGGUAUGGAGAGUUCCAGCCAGAUUUAAUAGACUUGAUGGACUAUGCACCAAAUGUCACUGAGUCGUCCACGGUCACACCUUCACUAGAUGAAACGCCAUCAUCGGAGGUCAUGGAUUACACUCCAACCACUGUAUACAUUAAGACAACAACGAAUACAUUUUACAGACAACCACCUGGGAGUAUCUCCGUUCUACCUCAAACUUUUUUCAUGAAAUCGGCAAGUAACGACUCAUCAAACUUUGUUUCCAGACACCCUCCGACAAAGUCACAAAAUCUUCAGUCCUCAAGUAAAUUAUUGUCUCUCCUCAAAAGCAGUGACACUAUCGAGAUGCCGGCACCCAAAGUUUCAGUUACAAACAUUCCUGAAACCGUAGCAAAAGCCAAAUCAACCGUCAGUAUCCUUAAUGAUGUUUUCUUGUCUCAAGACAAAAAAAGCCAAAGUGAGAGAGGUUUGACGACACCGUCAGCUGGCUAUAGGCAGUCAACCUUUGGUCACACUGACAAGAAUGUCACUGUGUCCAGCAAUUCUCUCCAUGAGAGCUGUAGUGAUGUUUUAUUUCCAAACACUGCCAGUGAGGACGUCAUGACCGAUAGUCAUUCUGACCCCUUUCUGAGCCAGCUGACCGAUUCUUCUUUAUAUACUGACAUCAUGGAUGAAGACCUCUGCCCCAAAGACUUGACAGACAUGCCUAUGCUGUCACUGACGUGCAUGACAGAUGACCAAAUGUCAGAAAAACAUAACAGUGGAUCAGUGAUAUUAAGUUCCAUUGGCACAACGUUUUCAUCCUCCAGCAUGAAAGAGUUAGACUCUUUUUUAAAUAUCAUUAGCCCAAGCUCCGACUCAAUGGUGCCACUAAAUGAUAGUCAGACCAUUCCAGCUACAGAGAAGUGUAGCAUUGCCUCUCAACCGGAUCUCCCUCCUCAAGUGACAAAAAUGGCUCCCAUGGGCUGGUUGUCCAAUGAAUCCUCCUCUGACAGUGAUAACCAAGGUCGUGACAGUGACUCGCAAGGACGCCCGUCGCUUCUUCGAAGUUUGUUAGACAAAGAAGGGGAAGUAACCCAAGGACCUCUGACCUACAAGGAGUGGAUUCUCGAAGAGGCUUUGAAGAAAAAAAAUGAGUUUAAAAGGAAUAGACUUUCCACCAGGACCUCCAAGCAUGCGGCCAACCAGAGAUUGCGAGGGAGCAAAUGUGUCAGAUCCACCGAACUCCCUCUUCCCCAAUCUCACGCUUCGCUAUUCAGCAAAGAAAUGUGUCAGCGUAAACCUACUAAAGAGCUGCCCCUGCCUCCCUCUGCUCAUAGGCACAAGACACCAAGCAGCAGCCAAUCAUCACCCACAAGUUCAAAUGAGGAGAUGAAUCUGCCAGAUGACCUUCUUGACCUAGCAGUGGAAUAUUGUGCUAACCUCGCCCCUGAUCAGGCCGAGGCUUUGCUGUCUGAUUUAAAUGACACAACAUCGUUGGAGGAUAACUUAUAUUCCCUCAUCACAUCUUCUCCGUCGCAGUCCAAAUCUUUAAACACCGGAGGGAGCAAACAGAUUUCCUUAUUGGACUCGUCUCCAUCUCAGCAGAGCAAUAAUCAUCUUUUCAGUAACGCAAGCCAACCAGUGUCUGAGCUGGCUCAGCCCUCGAAGAAUCUCAUUGGUUCAACUUUGGGAAGCAGCGGUCACAGUGUGAUAUCUGUUCUUUCUCCACCAGAUGGCAGUGUAUACAAAUCAUCUAGUGGAAAGGACACCAACAAAAUGAGUUUACUAAGGGCAGCAGUCACCUCCCCUGAUGUGGACAAACUUAUUGAACAAAUACCUUUCGGAAAUAUUAUCAACUUCCAACAGCCUCCGACAGACAAAAAGACGGACGAGCCUGAUGUCUUUAUCACCAAAGUAAACGGUCUGCAGAAAAUGUCUGUGGAUGAAUCGUCCCAAGUGAACAGCGUUUUCAAGGUCCCUUGUUUGAACAAUGUGAGGUCCCCUGGAAAGACUUCCCCUUCGAAAGCAUUCCAGAACAGUCCACUCAGCACCUCUGAUCACAUUGACGCCAUCUUGUUUGAUCACUUUUAUACAGCCAGUAUUGCCACGCCUCAUUCUCCGUCAGCCUUCAUCAACACCAGCGUGGAAUCUCCUGGGUGCGUGGUCUCAACCAGAGUGCAACCCGAGUCCUCCCCUGCCCCUAAAGUCAUCUUUAUUAACCGAGGGACACAGGGUAAGGCCAAGUCUACUCCUAGUUCCCCCCGUAUAUCCCCAUCUGGACAGUGCAGUCCGAACUCGCCCAGAUCUAUGGGUGCCUCCACCAGUGACCUUUCCUCCACUCGACCCAUCUCGGUCAUGAUCAUGAAAAAAGAAAAUCACCGCUCCAGGCGGUCCAAAAGUAUCGGCAUCCAGACAGACAAUGAGCCAGGUGAGGUGUAUCCAGAGUUUGAGCGGAGCUCCACAGACACCAUUUUGUAUCCAUCUGUGUCAAGGAUAUCUCCGAAGAUGCCCUUCUUGCCCUCCCCAUCUCCAAGUGACACGACCUCCCUCAGCACCUCGCCAACCAUGUCUGAACUUGAAAAGUUUCUAAGAGGGUUCUCUAGUCCUGAAGAAAGUUGUUUUUCUGGGGAGGAGGACUCUCAGCGUAGACGCUGCACCCCUUUCCUACAGAAACUCUUGACAGGGGAGCUAAGCAAGGAUAACUAUCAGCGUAUCGACCAGCAGAUGCUUGAGAGAGAAAGGAGAGAGUCAAUAUCGUCCGGCUGUAGUGACUAUGAUAUGAACUAACCCUUACUAAAAAGUAUAUUAGCAGUGAUCAUUAUGUUACAUAUGGUGUUACUUGCAAGUCCUUUUUCUGCUGUUUGAUAUUCUUGCCACUAUAGUUUCUAUAUUUUUGUUAAACACCUUGAACCAAGUGAACAGUGACUUUUGCCCAAAACAUUUGUUGGUUACUUUCAAUUCUCUUCCUGUAAUUGAACACAAGAAAUUAGUUCUAGACCUUUUGUGAACUAAAACCCAAAUUUUAAAAUAUAUUUUUUUUUACGUUGUACAAUUUUUUUAUUUCUUAAAUCGUAGACAGAGUCUCAUGUCUUGUAUAUUAUUGUGUCUAGAGCUUUAGGACAUAUACACACAUAACUGCUCAGACUCACACAAAAAAAACAAUGGGAUAAAGAUUCAACCAUUUGGACAUGCUAUCAUGGCUGUGAAGACAUACUUACGUUAGACUAAAUGGGGUGUCCUUAACAUUUGCUGUCCCUGUUUAAUUACUUCCUGACAUGCUAAAACAUGGGGAAAAUAAAUCUGAAUAUAAUUCAUCACUAGGUUUUACUUUUUCAAUUAAGUGUGCUUUUUUUUUCUUCACAAUCUUCUUGGUUUUUUCCCAACAGGGCACCCUUGAGCCCAUUGUACUAGAAUAUAUACACAGAGAGUUAGGCGAUUUCAACUUAGAAUCAUUUGUUGUAAGCUUUGAAUAUUUUAUUCUUCAAAGCUGAAACUUGAUGUUCACAUACUUCUAAUUUUUCAUCGGGAAAUGUCAAGUUGAAACAUAUUGGUUUUUUUUUCUCGUGUGUGGCUGAUUUGACUAAAUCGCUAGGCUCCGUAUUAAUCUGAGUUUUGUUUGCUGAACACCUAAAGGCAGCAUCAAAACCUUUCAGUUACUUUCUCUCCACACAGGUCCACUAUCGAGAUUACACAAUAGUGCUCUGAGCAGACUAUAGCAUAAAAGAUUGGACAAUAGUGCUCUGAGCAGACUUUUGCAUAAAAGAUUGGACAAUAGUGCUCUGAGCAGACUAUAGCCUAAAGGUUAGACAAUAGUGCUCUGUGCAGACUAUAGCCUAAAGGUUGGACAAUAGUGCUCUGAGCAGACUAUAGCCUAAAAGAUUGGACAAUAGUGCUCUGUGCAGACUAUUGCAUAAAAGAUGCGUUAAGACAAAAGCAAUUCAAUAGAAAUAUUCCAGUUGAUGAAAUCUAAAUAUGUGUCAAAAUUGAGUGCAUUAAGACUGCAGACAGAUAUCCCAUCAAAUUCAUUAAAUUCUUUUCUUUAAUUAAUUUGGCCGUAAACAUCUUGUUUGUAUUUCACUAAUAAGAAUCUAGUUUUCCACUAGAUCACACGCCAAUAUUCACAAAUUAGCCUGACAGAUUCAAAAGCAAGAAAUAUUGUUGAAGUCUUGUCAUAUGAUCUUCUUAUUCUCCUUUAUUGUCUUCUGGUUUGGUUUCAUUUUAUGGCAUUUUGAUUUUAUAUUAAAGGUUAAGAAUUUUUUUUUUUCAAAUAAAAGUAUUACUCUGGUGCUUACAAUAAAAACACACAAAAAAAAGAUCAAGAUUUAAUAAAAUUUUAUUUUUAACCAAAACAAACCAGCUUAGUUUUAAACUUUGAUUUACUUGUACAUUUACAAACUAAAUUCUAAUUUAAAUUGGUUUGUACAUAUCUUAAUGUUUCAAAUAAUAAAUUUAUAUAUAUAUGUAUAGAUUAUUAUUCCAUGAAAAGAAUUUUGAUGUUAAGACUAAUAUUCUCAAGCCCAAAAAAAAAGUAUUUUUGUAUUUUGAAUGCAAAGUUGUUUUUUUAAUCUGUUAAAGUAAGUCUGUCCUUAUUGUCUAAGACUUAGUUUUUCUCUUGUCACUGUCAAAUCUGAUGCCUAAUUUUCAUGUUGUCACUGUCAAGUCUGAUGCCUAAUUUUCUUGUUGUUACUGUCAAGUCUAAGGCCUAAUUUUCCUGUCGUUACUGUCUAGUGAAGUAUGUUUUGUCUUUUGUCAACAAUCUAGAAGCAAUUUCCCCCACCAAAAAAGUUGUUUUGAAUGCAGCACAAAAUACAAAAGCUUUGUUUUUUAAAAUACUUAAUGUUUAUUUUCAAGUGUGAAGUUUCUUGUAUCUUUGUCAAAGACUGUGUGUUAAUCUGUGCAUCUGUCUUCAACCUGAGAUUAACUAAUGGUCAGCUUAUCUGCAGGCCACAGAUACAUUGAUCCUGAAAAGAAUAGACAAGUAAAAGGAUGUCAAGUCUUUCAUAGACCAUUGAUAAUGGAACUGUCACUUGCAGAUCAUUGUGAAGGUCUUGAUGGAUAUUAUACAAUUUUGUCUUUCACUUCAUUCUACUUGUGCAUCCAGUCCUUACUAGGGGUACAGUGACCUGUCACUCCAACCCUCACUAGGUGUUACAGUGACCUGUCACUCCAACCCUUACUAGGGGUACAGUGACCUGUCACUCCAACCCUUACUAGGGGGUACAGUGACCUGGUAACUCCAACCCUUACUAGGGUUACAGUGACCUGUCACUCCUUUAAUCUAAUAAUCUAAGAUUGUUAUAGAUAUAGAUUUAUUGUUAGAUACGUGAUACAUCAUUACUUUGAUACAUUUUGAUUGUUAUAUAUAUAUAUAAUAAUAAAAUUAGAUGAUGCGUCACUCCUAUUAUACAUUACCGAUAUAAUAUAUAUAAUUAUACAUACAUAUAUAUAUACAUACAUAUAUAUAUAUAUAUAUAUAUAUAUAUAGGUACAUCAUCCUUGAAUACAUUAGAAUUUUAUAUACCAAUAGUUGAUACAUCACUCCUUUGCAAGAUUUUAGAUUGGUGUAUAUACUUUAUAUUACUAGAUGAUACAUAUUCAUGUUGCUUGAGAGAUAGUUGGCCUAUCUGUACAUAUUACCCUUUGUGUAUUCUGCACAUAUUAAUUUGGCCUUAUAAUAAAAGAAACAAAAUAAUUGAAUACAUUAUUUAGACUGCCUGGCAGUUCUAUACCAUACAUUAUAUAUUAUUAGGAAAAUGAAUCUUUUUACCUUGCCCGUACUAUCCCUGGAAAAAUUCUACAGUGUUCAAAGUUUCAUUCUCUCCCCUUGUGAUGCUGUGAUGCUUUAAGUUUCUUAAAGUACCUGUGGGGAGUUUCUUUUAUGAGCUCAGUUUCAACUCAUGCAAUGUCUCUGUGAGAUUAUUUCCGACACGAUCGGAUCAAAGUUUUUAAAAAAAAAAUAUAAAAAAUUUAUCCUGCCGAUUGUACAUGACUAAAUUGUAUGCGUCUAGAUUAUCCUGCCGAUUGUACAUGACUAAAUUGUAUGCGUCUAGAUUUCCGCUCGUUUCAUUACAAUUUUUGUUUCGUUGAUGUAGUUAGUUUUGGAAGGUGUGAAAAUUCUGCUUUUGUAACAGUUUUUUUAGGUAUUUGUACAUAGAACUUAAUGUAAAAUAGCUACAAGGGAUGUUGUAUAUUCAACUGAUAAGAACGUUUUAUUAAUAUCUAAAAAUCACUUGUUCAUCAUCUUUUUUUUUUUAUUUCACAUAUUUCAGAUAACCAAAAGGCCAAUUCAACAGCUUAACUCUAACCCUUUUAUUUUUUAUUUUGUGAAAUUAACCUAUUGCAAUACCUCUAUUCAACUUGUACCUUCGUGGAAACUUUUGGGUGGAGAAAACCUAGAUCUCAAAAAUGGCUCAAUUUUUUCCCUAGCAAAUAGAUAGUUGUAUAAGAUUUACCAGCUCUUCGGCCACAAUGGAAACACUCUAGUUUGACUGUUAUAAUUUUUUAAUAAAAAGAAAUAAAUUUAAAUUUGGCUGGAGAACUAGGAAAUAUUUAUCUUGAACCUAUAUGUCUUCCGCAUGUAGGCCCUAGUUUAAUAAAUAAAAGUUUAAUUAAUUAAUGAUCCAUUUUUUUAAAUCAUUCAUUAGAAUUCAAAAAAAAAAAAAAAAACCUCUCCGAGUUGUAUAGAGGUAUUGUUUGUUUUGUUUUUUUAAAAAGUAUUUUUUUAUGUUUUUCUUGUCUGUAUCGCAGUAUUUCCAGUGAUGAUAAAACAACAAUCCCCUGCCAUUCAGCUUCUUGUUCAUGCCAUUUUUUGUUUAAUUUCAAUUAUUUCAAUUGAGUGUGAUACAGCUAUUCCAAUGUUCUCUUCAGAUAUUCAUAUUAUAAAUAAUCACUCUUGCAAUGCCAGCAAAAAAAAACAGAUUCUUACAGAAUAGUAACAAAUGUUGUAUAUAAUAUCUUGUGAUGUGGGUAGUUUAGUUUCAUUCUGUUUUAAGUUAUAUGGCAGUGAUCUCCUUACACACCCUACUGAGCUUGCGAUAGCAGUCUUGUGAUUUGAUAGACUCCAAACAAGUUGCACUGUCCAGGUGUCAUCUUGGAUAAUCAGACCAAACAAAAUCUGGGGGCUGUACCUCUGAACGCUACUCUCUAAAUCGAGUUCUUAGCUGGUAGAGUCAGUCAUUGAAAUUCAGCAUUACAUGACUCAGUUGCUAGCAUCAACUUAUAGAGGUUGUCAAUACCGUAUAAGUUAGCUUUGAUCAUCAGAAGUAUUCAUUAGUCUUACAAUGGUGACCUCCCUUGCAAGCAGUUACUUGACUAUUACAUGUAAUUAUUGUUCUUUGUGAAGUAACAAUUUUUGUUUCCAUGCCAACAAAUCUAAUAUAUUCAUUUGGUACAAAAGCUGUUUAUAUAAAAUCUAAUAUAUUACUUGUUCAUAUAUAAUGUAUAUUUUCUAUCCCAGUUUUUUUUGACCAAAAUGUUGGUCAUUUUGAUGUCAGUUUGGACACCCAGUAGUUAGGGGUCAUAGAACAAUUGAUACACUUCAUGCGGGACUUGCAAAGUUUGACUUUUUUUUUUUUUUCUUUCUGCUUUGUAGUUGGCACACACACUCUGUGUGUGUGUGUGAAUGUUGCUGUGAGAUGUUUAGAAUAAAAGUAUUGAAGUGA